AUGUUUAAAGAAAAUGAAGACAAAAGUUUCUCAAAAAAUUACUCAGAUCUGGUAUCAAAACCUGGAUUUGAGAUAACUGAUAAGAUGCUGGAAGAUGAUUUUGAAGAAGUUUAUAAAAAUUAUCCCAUCAAUGAAGAUACUACCUGUGGAUUUGGAUUUAUCCGAGGAUCAUUUCUGCAAAUGUUUGCAAACAAGAAGAUGUAUGUCAUUCUUUUUGGCAUCGCAGGAUCAGUUUUCUCUGCAACAUUUGCAUACUUUAACGGAACAAUCACAACAAUUGAAAAGCGUUUUAAAAUUUCAUCAACAAAUUCAGCUAUGAUCACAACUGGAAAUAAUGUCAGUAGCUUAAUUGUGUCAUCAUUCUUAGCUUAUUAUGCUGGAAAAGGUCAUCGACCUCGAUGGAUUGGCUUUGGUCUUUUUACAAUUACUUUAUUUUGUGUGUUUUCUGUAAUUCCACAUUUUCUGUAUGGACCUGGUGAGCAGGCACUUAAACUGACAAAGGAAUAUGGUGGAAUCGAGAAUGAUACCGAGACUAUGAAGAUUCUUGAGAAUGAAAGGAGGAAAUUCAUGUGCAAUAUUAAUGAUACCACAGGAAUUGCAGAGUGCGAUGAGCAUGAAGACUAUUGGAUCCCAAUUAUAUUUUUAUUCCUUGGUCAACUUUCUAUUGGAAUUGGCCAAUGUGUAUACAACUCUAUUGGUGUUGCUUAUAUGGAUGACAAUAUAAAGAAGACAAAAACUCCAGCACUGAUUAGUGCAUCUUACUUUUUGCGUUUACUAGGACCAGCCGGUGGUUAUUCGCUAGCUUCAUAUUGCUUACAAAUCUACAUCGUACCAAAUCUCACUCCAACAAUUAAUAACACUGAUCCACGAUGGUUAGGUGCUUGGUGGAUCGGAUGGAUAGUACUAGCAGUUAUUAUGACAAUAUUCUCAAUCAUUUUGAGUUUGUUUCCCAAAGAACUUCCAAGAUCUUAUCUCCGUCGACGAAUUGACUCUGAAAAAAGAAAGCAAGGAAUUGCCAGCUUUGAAAGCAAUGAAUUAAAAGAUGAAAAUCAACAAGCUUCACUUAAAGACUUUUACAUCACAUUUAAGAGAUUGUUAAAGAACAAAACUUAUAUGGUCAAUAAUGUAUCAUCAAUGUUUUACUUCUUUGGAUUUGAAAUUUAUGUUUUAUUCCUUCCAAAAUAUAUUGAAACACAAUACAAGCAGUCAGCAUCAACAGCAAGUUUCUAUACCGGAGCUGUCGGGAUGGUUUUUUCAGCCAUUGGUAUCCUUGCAGCAGGGCUAGUCAUCUCAAAAUAUAAACCAAAAGCUCGAAGGCUCGCAUUAUGGAACGUAAUUGUUGGAUUUCUUUCUGUAAUUGGCAUUUUAGCUUACACACAGCUUGGAUGUACUGAAAAUGAAAAUUCUGUUGUGCUUAAUGCUCCUCUACCAGACAUGCUCGAUCCAACAUGCAACUCAAAUUGUAACUGCGACUAUGUCAAAUACUCACCAGUUUGUGGUGCAGAUAAUAAAAUUUACAUCAGUCCGUGUCAUGCAGGAUGUAAAUCAUAUCAUAAAGAUAAUGGCACAAAAUUCUUCACAGACUGCUCGUGCAUUGACAGAACAUUUGGAUAUGACUUUGAGAAUAUCUCGUUACCAAUUAGUGUCACAGAAGAGUAUGAUGAGACAUUGAGGAAUAGAUUUGACAGAGCUAAUAAUUACAUAUUUAAAGGCUCAGCAGAAGAUAAAACGUGUUCAAUAAAUUGCCAAAGUGAAUUUGUGUUAUUCCUAGCGAUAACGUGCUUCCUGAAAUUUGCAGAAGCAACCGGAAGAGCAAGUAACUUUUUAGUUGGAAUGCGAUGUAUUGAAGAACGAGACAAGUCAUUGGCAUUAGGCUUCAGUUUUGCAUUCUUUGCACUAUUCUCCUUCUUGCCUAGUCCUGUCUUCUAUGGAGCAUUAAUUGACAUGGCGUGUGUUAUUUGGGGAAAGACAUGCACUGGAACUGGAAAUUGUUGGCUGUAUGACACAGAAUGGUUGAGGUCCUGGUUGAACUCUAUUGCAUGUGGAUUUGUGCUGGUUGGAGUUCUGUUUGAUAUUGGCGUUUGGUAUUUGGUGAAAGACUUGAAAAUAUUUGAUGGUGAAAGUACGGAUGUGGAAAUGAAGACAAAUGAAAACUGA